GAAACACUCGACGACUCGACUCUGCAAAGGGAGCGCGCGCGGGGUUCUCCACCGAAAACUGACGUUCUUCAAGCUCACAUGGCAGUCACGAGUCUUUAUUAGCACCUGAACGUCAUCCACUGGUGCGACGUCAGCAAGCAGCGACAGACUUGAGUCAGAUGGUGAAGCAGGACGACGCGAUGACGCAGCCUCGCUAGGGCAGCGAGCCAACGAACCGCGAAAGGCGGCAAGGAUUAGCAAUGAGCUUGCUAGACAGUCGUGCUACGGCCGACUGAUCGAUGUCGCGCCUUGCGCUUGGUGACGACGAGCCCAGUCGAGAAUCUUAUAAAAACAGCACACGCUCGACAUCACCUCACACUCUGGUCGUGUCCCAAAAGUUGCCGCCUUCCUUUCCCUAUCGACUCCGGCGUUACGUGGACUCCGCAUGAUGACAAGACAGCAGAAAGCGAGUCCAGAGGCUGCGCUGCCCUACGCCAUCAUUACUGGCGGAUCCGAAGGCAUUGGGGCGGCUUUUGCUUACGAGCUAGCAUCACGUGCAACACACAACAUCAUCCUCGUCGCGCGCAACGUCAAGAAGCUCAAUGACGCCCAGAAGGACAUCGAGCAGCGCUUGUUCACCGCCAAGGGUGACUUGGUACGGAGCUUCUCUGUGCAAAGCAUAGCAUUGGAUCUCGCAGCGCCGAACGCUGCGCAGGCCCUGCAGAAUUUGACAAAGGAUCUGCCAGUAACGCUGCUCAUCUUGAACGCCGGGACCGCGGUCGCAGGUCCGUUUGAAGAUCAAGAUUGGGCACGAACGCGCACUAUGAAUGACCUAAAUGUCGUUGGUCUGACAGACGUCAUUCAAAUCUUUUUACCGCGAUUGAAGAAAGAGGCGCGUCUCCGAGCGGCUUACAACUUGCGCGAAAGCCCCGUCGGCCUUGUCACCCUUUCGAGCAUCGCUGGUCUUAUGCCGGUCCCUGCCAUGGCUGCAUACGCUGCUGGCAAAGCAUACGUCUUGUCUCUAACGGAAUCCAUCCACCACGAGCAGCGUGUUCAGGGGACGGAAGUGCACGUCACUUGCGUACUGCCCGGCCCGACUAGAUCUGCGCUUUGGUCCUUGGACGGCGGAAGACCCUCCAAAGUGCUUGUUCCUUGGACAUCUGCAGAGUUAGUCGCUCGCGCAGGAAUGGACGGUUUUAUGAGCAACACUGCAGUCGUCAUUCCAGGCGCACACAACAACAUUACAGCUUUUAGUUUGCGACUGGCCCCGAAAUGGCUCAUUCGCCGCAUUUCGUCCGUCGCAAUGAAUCAAUGGCCAGACCAGAGCGAGACCGUAACGAGCACAAAAGAGCAUCGCUGGACUUCGAAGCACUCGGCAGCACGCCCGACCAUUUCCGUCCUAGCUGCCGCUAUCAUGGCUGCAUUGCUCUUCCUGCAUGGCUUUCCUAGUCUGCUUUCUAGCCCAUCCAGCCCGUACAGAUGGAUCUAUCGCCGAAUUGGAUGGAUGGACCAGGAAUCCAUCAGCUUUCCAUUCUUGCUGACGUUUCGAGAAGCCGAUGACCGCCUCUUCUUGGAGGAUCGCGUCCAAAAUCAGCCAACAUAUUAUCGUUGGGGGCAUGCGAUUCCAGCAUUCAUCUGGACGUGCUGCGUACCCUUGCAACACUCUUCCCUGAUUCGUGCUCGCUAUCCAAGCUUUCACAAAAUGAACGGAUACGUCGUCUUUUCCAUUUCCGCUUUGCUAAUGACUACCGGCCUGGGAUUCUUGGUGCGGGGCACUUCCCACUCCGAAAAGGGCCUGCUGACCGUGCACCACGUGCCUGGACAUCCCUGGCUCAUCUAUCCGACCUUCGAUCAGGAUCUUCUGCUAGUCACCGCCCUGCAAGCUCCGACGUUGCUGCUAAGCCUGCAAGCGGCUCGAAGGCGCGAAUUCGCUAGACACCAGUAUUGGGCUACCAUGUUCACCAUCGCGUCUUACAUUAUUCAUCUCGACCGACUCGGCUUCACCCUCAUCUUUCUCAUCGGUGGCGUGCUCCAGCACCUGCCGUCGAGCAUUCAAGCGCGUCUACCCGAGUCUACCGAAGACAAGAUGACGUACGAGCUCAUGGCUUUCUCCCUGUCCGCGCUGCUCGGAGGCAUCAUUGGGCUAGCUUGGGCAUUCAAAGCGCAUCGAAGCUUGACUGCAAAGCACGGUGCAUGAGCAGUUCGUGCGGUGCACUCGGGGCCAUCACAUGUAUCAGAUACGCUCAAGCAGAAAGUGCACAUGAUACGUGGACGGGCU